CCCCGCAUUCACUAUAUCCAGUCUCCCAGGACCCUGCAUUCACUAUAUCCAGUCUCCCCGGACCCUGCAUUCACUAUAUCCAGUCUCCCCGGACCCUGCAUUCACUAUAUCCAGUCUCCCCGGACCCUGCAUUCACUAUAUCCAGUCUCCAGUACCCUGCAUUCACUGUAUCUGGUCUCCCCGGACCCUGUAUUCACUAUAUCUGGUCUCCCCAGACCCUGCAUUCACUAUAUCUGCUCUCCCCCGACCCUGCAUUCACUAUAUCUGCUCUCCCCAGACCCUGCAUUCACUAUAUCUGCUCUCCCCGGACCCUGCAUUCACUAUAUCCGCUCUCCCCGGACCCUGAAUUCACUAUAUCCGCUCUCCCCGUACCCUGCAUUCACUAUAUCUGCUCCCCCCGUACCCUGCAUUCACUAUAUCCGGUCUCCCUGGACCCUGCAUUCACUAUAUCCGCUCUCCCAGGACCCUGCAUUCACUAUAUCCGCUCUCCCUGGACCCUGCAUUCACUAUAUCUGCUCCCCCCGUACCCUGCAUUCACUAUAUCCGGUCUCCCUGGACCCUGCAUUCACUAUAUCCGCUCUCCCUGGACCCUGCAUUCACUAUAUCUGGUCUCCC